CGGAAUGCCGAUAGUAUAGGGAUCUAGCGCCAUACCCACCUCCCAAACUAUUUGUAGAUAAAAGAAGAGGAAACUCGUACCUUUAAUAAUGUAUUUCCCACACUCACCUAUUUAUCCUCAAGCCUAGAGACCCCUCUCAAAAAGUACACCGUGAUGCUUUUUUCACAACAGUCUCCUUAUCCACCAUUGCGUCAUGUCCAAGCCGGUUAUCGUCAUCGUGCCAGGUGCGUGGCACAAGCCCGUCGUUUGGCAUGACGUUGUACAACAACUACACACCGCAGGCUUCGAGGCUAUCCACGUCGAACUGCGUACCGUUGGUAGCACAACGACGCCCCUCCACGGUCUAACCGACGACGUUACAGCGGUGCAAUCUGUGCUCGGCGAGCUUGCCGGCCAGGGCAAGAAAGCCUUGGUGUUGGGUCAUUCCGCCGGUGGCCUGAUUGGCAGCAACGCGACCAAAGGCCAGGACAAUGUCAUAGGCAUGAUCUAUAUGGCCGCCUUCGUAAUCCCUCGCGGCAAGGCUUUGCUCGAUUUGCUGGGUGGAAAACCUCUCCCGUGGAUGGAAUACAAGGGCGACCGGGUUUUCGGGCGUCAAGAAAUGUUGGCUGACGUUAUGUUCAACGACCUCAACGCCGAAGAACAAAAGAAAUGGAUGACCGAGAUGACGCACACGUCAGCCGCGCUUUUCGCAACGCCCAGUGGCUCCGAGCCUUGGAAGAAUGGGAUACCUUGUGCUUACAUCUUUUGUACGGAGGAUAAUGCGCUACCAUUUGUCGUCCAGCAGGAAAUGGCGGCGCAGUUAGGACCAGAGGCCAAAGCCGCUACGCUUGAAUCAGGCCACUGCCCUUUUCUGAGCAUCCCUGAACAGCUGGUAGAUGCUAUUCAGAUGCUCGAAGCGCAAAUGCGAGCGACCUAUUCAUAGACCGCACCGUUUCUAGCCUUCAAGACUCCGCCAGUCUCUCUCUUCUCCUCUCCACUCCACUCCAUAGCAAUCAAUGGAUUUCGUUGACGAUCCCAUACUCUUAGUAUAAUUUGAAAAAGCGCAGUACAGGCCAGCUUGUCUGUAAGAACAUGCUGGCUCAGGCUGAGUGAUCACUUUCGUUUCAUGGACUUCUUCGCGUCCACCG